AUGUCCCAACCAUUGCAAUUGCUCAAAGAGAAACAUAUUGCAUAUAUAGAAUCCUUAGAUAAAAAGCAGAAUGAUCUAGAAUACUGGCUUUCUGAACAUUUACGAUUAAAUGGUGUCUAUUGGGGACUUACAGCACUCUACAUCCUUGAUGCUCAAGAUAAAUUUGAUAAAGAACAAGUGAUUAAAUUUGUCUUAUCUUGUUGGGAUGAUAAAACUGGUGGCUUUGGUCCCUUCCAUCGUCAUGAUGCUCAUCUUUUAUCGACGCUAUCUGGGAUCCAAAUAUUAGCUACAUAUGAGUCCCUUCAUAGAUUGUCUGAUGAACAAUUUGAGAAAUGUGUGGCGUUUAUUACAAGUAAUCAAUUGGAAGAUGGUUCUUUUCAAGGGGAUAGAUUUGGUGAAGUUGAUACAAGAUUUGUAUAUACGGCAUUGAGUGCCUUAUCCAUAUUGGGUAAAUUGACACCUGAAGUGGUAGAACCUGCUGUUAAUUUUAUAUUGAAAUGUUAUAAUUUUGAUGGUGGGUUUGGUCUAUGUCCAGGAGCAGAAAGUCAUGCAGCUCAAUCAUUUACUUGUUUGGCUACAUUGGCUAUUACUAAUUCAUUGGAUAGGUUAACAUCAAAACAAAUACAAAAAAUUGGAUGGUGGUUAUGUGAAAGACAAUUACCAGAAGGUGGGUUAAAUGGAAGACCAAGUAAAUUACCAGAUGUAUGCUAUAGUUGGUGGGUAUUAUCUUCAUUGUCUAUUAUUGAUCGAUUAAAUUGGAUAAAUUUUAAAAAAUUGAGAGAAUUCAUUUUAAAAUGUCAAGAUGAAACACAAGGUGGUAUAAGUGAUAGACCUGAUAAUGAAGUUGAUGUAUUUCAUACUUUGUUCGGUCUUACAGGGUUAAGUUUAAUGGGGUUUGAAGAAUUGAAACCAAUUGAUCCUAAAUAUUGUAUGCCAAGUGAUAUUACAAGUAAGUUUAAAAAAUAUCCAUAUUAA